CCUCUGCAUCCAAGUCCAACAGAGGAAGAAAGAAACCGCGAGAGAAACAAGGAAGGAAGAAACAACCCAACUUCCCCUUCCUCCAUCCAUCCAUCCAUCCAUCCAUCCAUAAAACCCAAGGAAAGAAAUCCAUCCAUCCCAUUACAAUCCCCUCCCGAAUCAGAAGAAGAAGAAGGAAGGAAGGAAGAUGGUUUCUGCUGUUCUUCGUACGAUCCUGGUGACGGGCGGCGCGGGGUACAUCGGGAGCCACACGGUGCUGCAGCUGCUCCUCCAGGGCUUCCGCGUCGUCGUCGUCGACAGCCUCGACAACGCGUCCGAGGAGGCCAUCCGCCGCGUGCGACAACUCGCAAACAACACCAACCUCCUAGAAUUCCGCAAGGUGGACCUCCGUGACAAGGCGGCGCUUGAAGAUAUCUUCUCCUCCCAGAGGUUCGAGGCUGUGAUCCACUUUGCGGGUCUGAAAGCCGUCGGGGAGAGCGUGGAGAAGCCGCUGCUUUACUACGACAACAACCUCAUCGGCACAAUCACCCUCCUCCAAGUCAUGGCAGCACAUGGCUGCAAGAAGCUCGUCUUCUCAUCAUCAGCCACCGUCUACGGGUGGCCCAAGGAAGUGCCCUGCACCGAGGAGUUCCCGCUCUCCGCGACCAACCCGUACGGCCGAACAAAGCUUGUCAUUGAAGACAUCUGCCGUGACCUCCAGCGCUCGGACCCCGACUGGAAGAUCAUACUGCUGAGGUACUUCAACCCGGUUGGCGCUCACCCGAGUGGCUACAUCGGGGAAGACCCCCUUGGAGUCCCCAACAACCUGAUGCCCUAUGUCCAGCAAGUCGCUGUCGGGAGGCGGCCUGCGCUGACGGUUUACGGGACCGACUACAACACCAAGGAUGGAACAGGGGUACGUGACUACAUCCAUGUUGUUGACCUGGCUGACGGCCACAUCGCAGCCUUGAGGAAGCUCUACGAAGAUUCUGACAGAAUAGGGUGCGAAGUGUACAAUCUGGGCACUGGAAAGGGAACGUCCGUGCUGGAGAUGGUUGCCGCAUUCGAGAAGGCUUGCGGAAAGAAAAUCCCUCUGGUUUAUGCUGGAAGAAGAGCUGGAGAUGCCGAGACUGUGUACGCUGCCACUGCCAAAGCAGAGAAGGAGCUCAAGUGGAAGGCCAAGUUUGGGGUGGAGGAGAUGUGCAGAGACCUGUGGAACUGGGCAAGCAAGAACCCCUACGGCUACGGAUCCAGCGACAACGGCCACUGAUCCAGCGACAGAGCCAGUAGCAGUAGAGCAUACACCACCAUCUCAUCCAUCUAUAUAUAUGUUUGUCCACCACCACAGAGACAAUGAAGGAGGAAGAAGAAGAGUACUGAUACACUGUAUAGGGAGUGAGUCGGAUGAUCCAUCAGCAGCAGCUUGAUUAAUAGUAUAAUAUAUUGUUCGUCUUAGAAAACUAAUCAUAUCGUAUCUCCCUUAUGGAGUAGAAGAAAUAAGGUUGGUUCCCUUGCCUUGUAGAAAUAUAUAUAUUCUGUCGGUCAUGGAAUAACUUACUACUUACUGAUAUAAAUAUAUAAAUAUAUAUGCUUGGUUCAUUUUGUUGA